AUGGCCGCGCUCUUGUUUUCGUGCAUGGGCGCGGCGUACGGCACCGCGAAGAGCGGCGUCGGCAUCGCGGCCAUGGGCGUCUUUCGCCCCGAGCUCGUCAUGAAGAGCAUCGUCCCGGUCGUCAUGGCCGGCGUGUUGGGGAUCUACGGCCUCAUCAUCGCGGUGAUCAUAAGCACGAACACAAGCCCGGGCGGGACGUACACGCUGUUCCAAGGGUACGCGCACCUCGGAAGCGGGCUCUCGUGCGGGCUCUCCGGGCUCGCCGCGGGGAUGGCCAUCGGCAUCGUCGGCGACGCGGGGGUGAGAGCGAACGCGCAGCAGCCGAAGCUGUUCACGGGGAUGAUCCUGAUCUUGAUCUUCGCGGAGGCGUUGGCGCUGUACGGGUUGAUCGUGGGGAUCAUCUUAUCUAGCGCGGGGUCCGCGGUGUCGUCUCCGUGA